GGUUACAGAUUUUAUUGUCCUUCCCACGUCACUNAGUACUGCUGAAGAUAAAAUAGUACAUGAGAGAUGGGAGAGGUGCAACAGAAUGGCUCUUAUGCUCAUUAAAAAUUCCAUCAGCAUAAUCAUCAGGGGAGCUAUUCCAGAUUCAUCUAAUGCUAAAACAUAUCUGGCUUCUGUGGAGGAACAAUUCAAAGCAACUUCUAAGGCACAUGCUAGUACCCUCAUUUUGAAGAUGGUGACUACAAAAUAUGACGGGAAUAGCGGCAUUCGUGAGCACAUCAUGAUGAUGAAUGACAUGGCCCGCAAGCUCAAGGGAUUAAACAUGGAGAUCAGUGAAGGUUUUCUGGUGCACUUUAUAAUGACUUCUCUUCCUGCAUCUUUUGAAGCUUUCAAGGUCAACUACAACACCCAGAAGGUCAAGUGGUCGAUGAAUGAGUUGUUUGCUAUGUGCGUACAAGAAGAAGAGCGUCUGAAGCUGGACAAACCUGAUGUGGCUUACCUCAUGACCGCUAAUCCAAAGAAGAGGAAGGGAAAUGUCGAUAAGAAGGAAGUUUCUAAAGUCCAGAAACGUGAUGCAAGUGCUUCUUCCAGCUCUAAGAACUCCAAAGGGAAGUCUUACUGCAAGUUCUGCCGCAAGGAAGGACAUAGACAGAAAGACUGCCAAGACUUUAAGGAGUGGCUGACGAAAAAAGGGAUUCCUUACAAUCCAGAAGCUGGAAAGAAACCGAAGAACACUUAAGCUGGGGAAUGGAACUGAACUAGCUGUCGAAGCCGUGGGAACCUUAGAAUUAAUAAUGAAAACUGGUUUAUGUAUUAAACUUUAUGAUACCUU